UUUAUGUGUUUUAAACAUCUGGCUGUUAUUAUCACACGUACGAUGUGACCCAAAAGUUCUCCGUGCCUGUUUACAGACGGGAACCGAAUAUGGAUAGAAUCUUUAUGGUUCUGAUUGCACCUUGAAAAGCGGCUCUUAACCUCAGAAUCUUUAAAAAGUACAAGAAUAAGAAAGUCACACAACUGAACGUCCGCUGACAGGACACAAAAAAAAACCCCGUGCGAUCAACUUGUUUUCCCGCACUUUUUGGGGCCGAGAUAUGGCAAUGGUAGUUAGUACUUGGCGAGAUCCUCAGGACGACGUGGCCGGAGCUCAGAGCGGCCAGUCUGCACAAGCGCAGCCAGGCCAGCAGCAGCAGGCGACGUCGGGAGCCCCUCACACGCCGCAGACCCCGGGCCAGCCGGGUCCGCCAUCCACCCCGCUCGGAGGCAGCAGUCAGAGCGUCCAGCCAGGCGGAGAGAAACAGCAGCCGAGCCAACAGCAGCAGCACAUCGAGUGUGUGGUGUGCGGGGAUAAAUCCAGCGGCAAACAUUACGGCCAGUUCACAUGCGAGGGCUGUAAAAGUUUCUUUAAGAGAAGUGUUCGGCGAAACUUAACGUACACUUGUCGUGCCAACCGGAAUUGUCCUAUAGACCAGCACCACCGUAAUCAGUGUCAAUACUGUCGCCUGAAGAAAUGCCUGAAAGUUGGAAUGAGACGGGAAGCGGUUCAGCGAGGAAGAAUGCCCCCAACUCAGCCAAACCCGGGCCAGUACGCGUUGACGAAUGGGGAUCCUUUGAACGGCCAUUGCUAUCUAUCUGGAUACAUCUCCUUACUACUGCGGGCCGAGCCUUACCCAACCUCUCGGUAUGGAAGUCAGUGUAUGCAACCCAACAACAUCAUGGGCAUCGAGAACAUUUGCGAGCUGGCUGCACGGUUGCUGUUCAGCGCUGUAGAAUGGGCCAGGAAUAUCCCUUUCUUCCCAGAUCUGCAGAUCACAGAUCAGGUGGCACUGCUAAGGCUGACUUGGAGUGAACUGUUUGUGCUGAACGCUGCCCAGUGCUCGAUGCCAUUGCAUGUGGCUCCUCUGCUGGCCGCUGCCGGCCUCCAUGCCUCGCCGAUGUCCGCGGAUAGAGUCGUUGCCUUUAUGGAUCACAUAAGGAUCUUUCAGGAACAAGUGGAAAAACUGAAAGCGCUCCACGUCGACUCGGCAGAAUACAGCUGUCUUAAAGCUAUUGUGCUGUUCACAUCAGAUGCCUGUGGCCUGUCGGAUGCUGCCCACAUAGAGAGCCUACAGGAGAAAUCUCAGUGUGCUUUAGAGGAGUACGUGAGGAGCCAGUACCCCAACCAGCCGAGCCGCUUCGGCAAGCUCUUACUGCGACUGCCUUCUCUUCGUACCGUCUCCUCCUCGGUCAUCGAACAGCUCUUCUUCGUUCGCUUGGUAGGUAAAACACCGAUUGAAACCCUCAUCAGAGAUAUGUUACUGUCGGGCAGCAGCUUCAACUGGCCUUAUAUGUCCAUCCAAUGAUGAGGGAAGGAUAUCCCUCCCCAAACAAAAAAAAAACAAAAGCAUUUUAGGCGAGACUCCCUCUCUAUUCAAGGACUUGAAAGUUCCUAUAGGAUGUUAUCUGUGAAAAUAAACGGACCUUCCAAGAGGCCAAGCUGUUGACUGUGGGAUUUAUUCUGUGAAAAGAAACUGGACUGCAUCAUAUGUAGAACCACACUUACCGCAAGCAUUGUUUAUCAUUUUGUAAGAUAUUAGUCUUUAUUUUCUUUUUGUAAAAUUAAAAAGACAUCGUAUGCGCAUUUUAAAACAAAUCAGAAAUUAGGGGAAAAUAACAUUUUCCAAAUAAUUAUAAAAUUUGUCCUGUGUCUGUGUAUCUAUAUCUGUUUUGUAUUUUUUUUUCUGGUUCCAAACCAGGUUUUCUGUGAUUCUAUACUAAUUUUUAUAUGACCUUUUGCUUCAUAUAACGAUUGCGAUUCAUGUCGUCAAAACUAUGUUCUCCAAGAAUUAAAAUUGAAAUCAGAAUUAAACAAGUAAAUAAAAAAUUAGUACAACAUUUUUUAAAAAGAGAAACUUUGUCGCUUUAAGCGUACCAAUUAGCCUGCAGUAUUGGCGAAGCUGACGUUUUAAAAAAGUGAUCGGGUAUUAAAGAGAGCACUCCAAAAUGCUAAUAGAGAAACGUGUUUUUAAACUCUCACCAGUGGGCCCUCUAAAGAGCAUUUGCAUUCUAUGCGGAUUGCUAUUGUCCCUGUGGUUUGUUCUGAGUGUCCAAGGCACUUCUGUCUUUGAUUUCACAAAAGUCUCCAUGAGCUCUGGAAUUAGUUUGGCUGAAGUUGCUGAUAUACAUUGAUUAAAGUUUAAGUUUGCUUAUCAGAACUGCCCCAUCCCACCUCCGCAUUGUAUCCGACAUUCCACGUGAAAUAAAAACUAUAUUUCCCCCUUGAAACCCCCGAAGUGUUUAAAUCACCAUUUCCUCCCCUGGUUUCUAAUCAUGUAACCAAAUCUUCCUAUCAUUACCACCAAGGCUGUUUACCUGUAGACUUUAAAAGAAAAAAAACAACGUCUAGCAAAAAGGUACAGGCGCUAUAAUCUUGCAAACGCUGUACUGUGGCGUUGUUCCAUGGGUAUGACGGAAUAUUCUUGUAAAAACAUGGUUGUUAUGUUGGAACAGUUACAAAAGUGAUAUAAAAGAGAUCUAUUGUAGAUGUGUCUGUGUUAUUUAUCUGUUCACUGGCGGUGUCGUUCUCAGUUCGACGAUCGACAGUAUAUAUUGUAGAAGACCCCCACCCCAGAGAAUAAUAGAAAAUAAUACGCAGGGCCUUAAUGAUCAUAUAAAUUUCUUGUUCCCCUCCUCAUGCUCUCAAUAAGACCAUUAAAGUCAUAUGCUGGUAAUAUCAGGAUAAAAUAAUAUGCGGAAGAAGGUUAGAAAACACUAUCACUUCCAAACAGUGUAGAUGUAAAGACUGUUGUGCUUUGCUGCUGUUGUAGAAUCCAGUAGCUGCACGCAUUAAUGUUUUAUAAUCCGGGUCAGAGCUCUAGCAC